AUGUGAAAGAGAAAUAAGGGAAAACAGAAAAAAGGAGGCUGAUAAAGUUUCUGGCUACAAUACAGGAGACAUAUCAUUACCAUAUGAUCUACUGUGGGUGUCAGCCUGGAUUCUGUUCAUUGAGGGAAAUCUUACUUUUUUAACUGUGCUGUGGAAUGGAAGAAGCAGGAGGAUUUUCCACCAAGUGACAGUCGCUGAGCAGUACCCUUCCCCUCCUCCUUUCCACACCUGCAUGGUCUGCUGCCUGAGUCGAAUAUUUUAGUUGAAUUGCAUCUCAACUCUGAGGGCGCCUGUUGGAAAUCCUUGGAUCCAGAGAUUCACUGCCCUUCCCAGAAUAGAGAAACUAAACCAUGAAGGCUGCCAUCUUCUUUCUUCUGCUCCUGCCAGCUUGCUUUGCCAAACCAUUCCAUCAGAAAGGCUUGUUUGAUUUUAUGCUUGAAGAUGAACCAGGUUCGGGUGAUGAAGUUACAGGACCACCUCCCAUUGGACCAAACCCCACAUGCCCAUUUCGCUGUCAAUGCUAUCUUCGGGUUGUUCAGUGUUCUGAUCUAGGCCUGGACCAAGUUCCAAAGGAUCUUCCCUCAGAUACUACUCUUCUGGACUUGCAGAACAAUAAAAUCACUGAAAUCAGGGAUGGGGAUUUCAAGAAUUUGAAAGACCUUCAUGCAUUGAUCCUUGUUAAUAACAAAAUCAGCAAAAUCAGUCCUAAUGCUUUUGCUCCACUGAAGAAACUAGAAAGACUUUACCUUUCUAAGAACAACUUAAAGGAGCUUCCAGAAAACAUGCCCAAAAGCUUGCAGGAGCUUCGAGCACACGAGAAUGAAAUCAACAAAAUAAAGAAAUCUGUCUUCAGUGGACUAAACAAUGUGAUUGUUGUAGAACUAGGCACCAACCCGCUGAAGAGCUCAGGUAUAGAAAAUGGAGCUUUUCAGGGAAUGAAGAAACUCUCCUACAUCCGUAUUUCAGAUACCAACAUAACAACUGUCCCUAAAGGUCUUCCCCCAUCACUGACAGAACUUCAUCUUGAUGGCAACAAAAUCAGCAAGAUUGAUGCAGAUAGUCUAAAUGGACUUAACAAUUUGGCUAAACUUGGCCUCGGUUUCAACAGCAUCUCUAACAUGGAUAAUGGCUCCUUAGCUAAUGUUCCUCAUUUGAGAGAGCUCCAUUUAAACAACAAUGAUCUUGAUAAAGUACCAGGUGGGCUUGGAGAGCACAAAUACAUACAGGUGGUCUACCUUCAUAACAACAAAAUUGCUGCAGUUGGCCCCAAUGAUUUUUGCCCUCUUGGAUACAACACCAAAAAGGCUUCUUAUUCAGGAGUGAGUCUGUUCAGUAACCCUGUGCAGUACUGGGAAAUCCAGCCAUCCACUUUCCGAUGUAUCUAUGAACGAUCUGCAAUACAAAUUGGAAAUUACAAAUAGCUGCACAGCUGCAUUUCAGCUAUAAAUAACCU